CCCGCGCCCCGCGACUCCCGCCGCGCCCGCUCGUCUUUCGCCUCCAACAACAGUUAUACUCACGAUAUUCAAGCGGUACACUUGCUGUGUCUUCUAUUUUGUGAUACAAUAUACAGUCAGUUUUAUAAAACAAUUUGUGAUAUUAAUGUGGACACAACUACUUGACGAUUCAAACAACAUCGCUGUCUCUACGUAGAGGCGAACGUUGACAUUCGUAAAACACUACGUUGAAUAUUUCAGCCAAUGGGCAAACCAUAACUCGGAACAUGCACUCCAGCUCCGCACCGGUGCGCGACGCGCGCGACAGCCCCGACUCCCAGCCGACAGGCGUGGUGGAGCUGCGCGAGGACGUGCCGCUGAAAGCGAGCACGCUGGGCGGCAGCUCGGCGCGGUGCUGCGCCGGCGGACCCAGGUUCAUCCUCGCGUGCUUCGCCGCGCUCUCCGCCGCCAUCACGCUCGCGCUCCUCACACAGAUAUACUACGGCGACUACGAGGCGGAGGUGGUGCCGCACGGCAGCGUGUCGUCGUCGGCGGCGGCGUGCUCGCGCGCGGGCACGGACGCGCUGCUGGCGGGCGGCCGCGCGCUCGACGCCGCGCUCGCCGCCGCGCUCUGCCUCGCCGUCGUCGCGCCGCACCGCACCUCGCUCGACGCGAGCGGGUCGCUGCUGUACUGGGAGUACCGGCAGGCGCGCUCGCAGCCGCCGCUGCUGGCGGAGUGGGGCGGGGCGGGGCGGCGGGCGGCGGGGGCGGGGGCGGGGGAGGCGCCGCGGGCCGUGGCCGCGCUGGCGGCGCUGCACGCGCGGCUCGGCGCGCUGCCCUGGUCGCGCCUGCUGCAGCCCGCCAUAGACCUCGCCAGAGACGGCUUUCCGGUGUCGGAGGGGUUGACGAGCGUGGAAACGACGACGCCUGAGUCGCGGCCCGGCGCCAUUCGCCGCGACCCGGCGCUCGCACGCUACCUCCAGUCUCUGCAGCGCAACACCAGCGCUGAGCUGGCGGCGGCGUGGGGCGGCGCGGCGCGCGAGGCGCAGGCGCGGCCGGUGCGCGGCGCGGGCUGGCGCGCGCUGCUGCCGCGCGCCGGGCCCGCCGCCGCGCUGCGCGCCGCGCUCGCCGCGCCCGCCGGCGACACCGACCUAGUGAUUAACGAAUUGCAACGAUACGCCGAGGCGUCCAACGGCACGUGGCCGCCGAGCAGCGUCGCCACGGGACUCGCCGUCGUCGACCGGCUCGACACUUACGUUGCGCUCGUCACCGGAUUAUCGACUCCUUUCGGCUCGGGCCCACCGACCGCGGAGGGCUGGAUUCGCGACGAACCUUCUGAAUCUCUGGACUUGGCGCCGGCGAUUAUCACGGAAGAUUUCGUUUGUGGCACGCGGUACGUAGUGGGCGCGGAGUCGUGGGCGGCGCUGGCGCAGGCGGCGGCGGCGCUGGUGCACGGCGGCGCGCCGGGCGGCGUGGAGCGCGCGCGCCUGGCGCUGCAGCCACGCGGCGGCGGCGCGCUGGCCGGCGAGGCGGCGCGGCCCGCGCCCGCCGCCGGCGCCGCGCCGCCCUACAACGCCACGCCGCCCUACGCCGCCGUCAACGUCGUGCAGCAGCGCGGCGACGCGCUGCUCUCGCACGCCGACAGCCGCGGCGGCGGGCUCGCCUCGCGCUUCUGACACCCGCCCCCUAGCACCCCCUUCACUUAUUGUUUGUACUUAAUUUAUUGAAUAAAAAAUACUUUACAGAUCGA